AGCAAAUAUAAUAAUUUAAUCAUUGCUACAAUUCAAAUCAAUAAAUUAAUUUAUUAAUCAAAUUAGGUUGUCAAAUUGAAAUGGAAGUUGUCAAUAAUCCUUCAAAAAGACGUGGUAUAGCUCCAGUUAAAGCAGAAUUUAUUAUCAAUAAGCAAAAUAUACAAGAAAAUUGUGAGUCCGUUUUUGGUGACGAAGAAGCGGGUGAUAAUUCUAAAAAUAAAGAGCCAUCAAAAAAGAAAUCUCGGGUUACAAGGAAAAGAGGACGAAAUAAAGAACAAGCAAAAAAUACGUUUGCUGAGCCAAUUCGUUUGUGCCAUAAAAUCUCUUUGGGUGAACAAUGUGACAAUGAAUUUUGUAAAUUCAGUCAUGAUUUACAAGCAUAUUUAAAAGUCAAGGGUGAGGAUUUAAGUGAUAGAUGUCCUAACUUUGAGAAAUUUGGAAAAUGCCGAUUUGGAUAUAGAUGUCGUUAUUUAAAGGCUCAUUUGUCACCUGAUGACAAAUUAAUUGUGAAUGAAGAACUUGCAUCUUCUGGGAUAUUUGUUGAAGAAAAAAACAAUCAAUCUACUCAAGUCCAAAAACGACUCAGGACACAUUCGUAUAAAUUUCCUAAAGCUGAUACAUAUCUUGCAGAGAUGCAGCAGGAAAUUGAAAAACAAAAAGAGUUAGAGAAAGCUAAUAGAUUAGCAAAAUCAAAUCCUGAUAAUAAACUUAACAAACCAUCAGAAGAGAGCAAUGUCGAUUCCGGUACUAAUGUAGAAUUAUCAGAGCGACUAGAUACAAAUGAAGUAAAAGUUAAUGAUUUGAAUGAAGACAUUACAUUGAAAGUUGAGGAGGAAUCUGAUAAAAGUUUUGGUUCAGAUACUGAAAGUACAAAUACAAAAAAAAGGAUAAAAUAUGAAAAUGGUGAUUUUGAGAACAAGGAAAAAGUAAAACUUGAAGAAGAAAUAGAAUUGAAAUCAAGAGAUGAUGUUAAUGUAGAAGAAUUUAUAGAUACUCCAGAUGUGCCACUCCGCACUCGUGAAAAGAAAAAGAUGACAUUUAAGAAUAAGUUAUAUCUAGCACCUCUUACCACGGUUGGAAAUUUACCUUUCCGACGUAUUUGUAAGGAAUUUGGAGCUGAUAUAACUUGUGGAGAAAUGGCAAUGGCAACAAAUUUAUUACAAGGACAACAAAGUGAAUGGGCUUUAUUGAAGAGGCAUAUUAGUGAAGAUUGUUUUGGUGUACAAAUUUGUGGUGCAAAAGCCGAACAUCUUGUAAAAUGCGCUGAGAUGUUAAACAAUGAAAUUGAAGCUGAUUUUAUUGAUGUAAAUUUGGGCUGUCCUAUAGAUCUGGUCUUUAAUAAGGGAGGCGGAAGUAAACUAUUAAUGCAUGAUGGUAGAUUGGGGAAAAUUCUUAAGGGAAUGAAUAAGGUUAUGGAUAUUCCUGUAACAGUGAAAUUGCGCACAGGAAUUUUAGAUAAUAUGCCACUUGCCGCUAAAUUAAUUCCUAAAUUUCAGAAUUGGGGAGUUGAAUUGGCCACGCUACAUGGUCGUUCACGUCAACAAAGAUACACAAAACUUGCCGAUUGGAAGUAUAUUACUGAAGUCUCAUCCAAAACGAAUGGAAUGAGUUACUUUGGCAAUGGAGAUGUGUUGGGAUAUGAAGAUUAUUAUCAUCACAUUGAAAACGAUCAUGUUGAUGGGGUUAUGAUUGGACGUGGAGCUUUGAUUAAACCCUGGAUUUUUGAUGAAAUCAAAUCUAAACGACAUUAUGAUAUUUCAUCAAAAGAAAGAUUUGAUAUACUAAGAAAGUUUUGUGAUUACGGAAUGGAACAUUGGGGCUCCGAUACAAUCGGUAUAAAUCAAACUAGAAGAUUUUUAUGUGAAUGGAUGAGUUUUUUAUAUAGAUAUAUUCCUGUUGGAUUGCUUGAAGUAUUGCCACAGCGCAUAAAUGAGAGACCACCCGCUUUUCGUGGUAGAGAUGAUUUAGAAACAUUAAUGGCAAGUCCAAAUAGUAAAGAUUGGGUUAAAAUUAGUGAAAUGUUAUUAGGACCUGCUCCUGAUAGUUUUGUAUUCGUACCAAAACAUGCUUCAAAUUCAUAUGAAGGCUAAUCUAUCCCUCGAUUGAUAAGAUUCCCGUCACAAAAUCGUCAAUAGGAUAAAUAUUAUUUAUUGUUCAUCAAUACUUACUAAUACCUACCAAUACAUAUUUAAUUUAAGAUUUUCCACAACUUUAAAUAGUUUAUUUUAAUUUGUUGUAAUUUCAACACGUCUAACGGUUUAAAUGCGAUCAUUUCUAAAUAAAUUUUUCAUUAGAUAAAAUAAGGCUGAGCGAACACAAUUAACGUAAUUAGUAGAUUUAUCAUGUAGAUCGGUUGAGGUUAAUUUACCAAAACACGAGUUGUUUUUUUUUUUGAUAACUUUACCAACACUUAGUC